AUGCUAACAAGCUUAAAUUUCCUAGACUUUUGUAUAUUUCCAAAUACCAUAUAUUAUGGAACUGAAUUUAUUACUCAAAGGGGUGUUACUAAAUCAUUAUUGAGAGAUGAGGGUGACUCAUCUGAAAAAUUCAUCAAACACAUUAGAAACACAUAGUAAAAUUUAAACUUUUCAAGAUAUGAAGACGAUAGCUUUGUAUAUCGUAAAAGUGAUACUGCACGUAUUCCUUUUAUAACUCACAGAGUUUGGCUAUCAGAUCCUUAGAAACCAAAAGAGAUGCAAGAUCUUUUGAGACACUCAAUUCUAAAUGCUAUUUUUACAUCAAACAAAAACAUAGAAUAAUCUAAUACAACUUAGAAUUGGACUCACUAUCUCUGGGUUUAUAACAAGAAACAGGUUCCAAGAACUGUUAGAUUUUUUGAAUAGCAUAGGGUUUAGAUCAGGGAGGUAUAUGAACUUGAUCUAUUCAAGGACUAGGAAUUCGCUUAAUAAAUUGAAUACUACUUUGAAAAUGGUAGAGCCUUAGUAUCAGCAAGCAACAUAAUUCGAGCCUUAGUAGUUUAUGUUUAUGGAGGGAUUUACUUUGAUAAUGAUUUUUACAUAACCACUUGGGACUAGAACUUGCACUUUUUCUUUGAUAUGGUUGGCUUUGGCCUCCUAAACACUCCAAGCUUCAGAGGUGUCAAUAAUGCUAUUCUUGUAGCUAAACCAGGGCAUCUCAUAUUUCAGAAAUAUUUGCAUAGAAUAAUAACAGAUUAUAGAAGAUACAAAACAGAAGAAAGGCCUUUUCAUUAGAAUAGUUGCUCUUUUAAGACAGCUUCUGGAACUUUGUUUGGAACAGGCAAUGGAGUAUUUGCUAUUGUAAUCUAGAAUUUUAUUAACAAGAACGGUAACUAAGAUAUACUAAUAACAGAUGAGUACAGGCCGAUUCAUAGAAUACAAAUCAAUACACUUGAUUAAGAUAAUAAACGAGGAAAACUAUAAAUAUUCAUUGAAGGUAAAGAUAAGACUACUAAUUUAUGGAAAAAUAGUUUUAAGGAUGGUAGAGUUUUUGGGUGGACGGAGUUUAGUGAUUUUUGA